UUGUUAUUGUUUUUAUUCGAACCAGUGUUGAUUGUUUUGGAUUGCGGAAAAUAAAUUUAUUGCGCAAAAAUGUCGUUUUUGAUGCGGAAAACGAUAAAUCGGGGUCUUUUCUGCUUGUUGAGGAAUAACUUUCCAUCGACUUCCUACUGCUGUUUGGAGCAGUCGUUGGGGAAUUUGCAAUUGCAGCGCAAUUUCACCGGUUUGGUUACAGGUCCCGAAGUCACGUUAUACAAUCAGCAGAAUCUGCAGUUGAUUCGCUGGAAAUCGAAGAAGGCCAACCGGAAGGAACAGCAAUCGCGCCAGCAAGAGGAGGAAGAGGAUGACGAUGAUGAUGAAAAGCAGGAUGAUUUCGAUGAGUUGGCCGACGAUAAGCACGUGAGGCUGAUCAAGACGAGUGUCAAUUCAAUGAGGGCGGAUUUGCUGCUGAAAGCUGGGCUUGGGAUUGCGCGGAACAAAGUGGAAGCUCUAUUCUACGAGAGCAAAAUUCGUGUCAACGGCAAGAAGCUCCUCAAAAAAAGCGCCCAUCUGGACGUGGGAGAUGAGAUCGACGUCGUUCGCGGGGUGAGUCCCACCAAUCCUGACCAUCUGAUUGUGUCGCGGGUGGAAAUCCUGGCGGCCAACCCAAAGAGUGAAACCAUCGGCGUGAGCCUCCGACGCCAAAAAACGCUCAUCAUCGAAGACUAUGAAACGGAUGCGGUCCUCGAUAAAUAAGUUCAAUCUUCUCCGAUAAUUUUAAAUAGAUAAUGAUCCUUUUUUGACAUUGUAACAUUCUUUCAUUAGACGAUUAAAGCGCUUGUUGUGUAAUAGUUAA